GAGAGGAACGGCAGUAAAAAUAAUUUUGCGGGGACUUUUAAACCCUACGGACAUGAUGUGAUGGUCACGAUUAUUGUUUUUUUUCACCUGCAGAGAAUGGCACCAUGAAGGUUAAAUGAGGGGAGUACCUCCUGCUGAGAAGUUGCAUGCAUGUCGAGAUCUCACCUUCAUCAAGCUGAAGCUGAAGAGGUACAAGGUACAGAUACAAGUGUCCAUGCAGAGCCGAGUGAGGAGAAGCUCGUGGUGGAUGACGACGCCCUGAUUCAAAAUUAUGAAACACAAGUCCAGCUCUUCUUGCAGGAGCGCUGGCGGGCUAUGGAGAUGUGGCCGACAGCAGUGCAAGGGGUGGAGCAACUCAAGGAGCUCUACCACAAAGCUUUCGAAGACGGACAGAACCCAGAUGCCAUGACACAGAAGCUCAAGGAUCAGCUCAUUCAUUUCACACAGCAGUCACGGAAACUCCAAGUGGUCAACCAGGAAGUGCAAUCGAGAAACAAGCAGCUUUUAACGACGGUGACAGAGCAGAAUGAAAAGAUAGAGGAGCUACACACACAGCUCAGAAAGACCAGUGAUGACCUGAGAACUGCCACGGCCAAAACAGAUGAGCUGACCAAACAACUACAAAGUGUUGAGCAUCAGCGACGGAGACAGGAGGAAGAUGCAGGAGAGACUCAGCAACUCCAAUCCCUUCAGUCAAUUUUCAAUCAGCGAGAAGAAAAACCAAAAGCUUGGCCAGAAGGUGCUCUUGAAGAGCCACUUCAGUGGGAGAAAACAGUCGGGGCCCUCCAGGCUCGAUGUGCUGUCCUGGAGCAGGAGAAGUACGAUGUCCUGAAUAAAGUCCAUGAGAGUAUGCAGGUGGCUGACGCCAUCGCGCUGCAGGAUGUGGCUAAGACUCUAAUAAGACGGAAGCAGAAGGCAGAUCAUUUGGAAAACAAAGAUAGGGCCAUCCAGCAGCUGAUCCAGGAGGCUGCGGUCCGCACCAGGAAGGAGGUGGUUUCUCCCUAUUGUGGUUCUUUGAGGGCAGCUUGGGACGGAACGGCCUUUACCUUUAGCCAGAUACGAAGUGGAAGUGGAAAGGUCACCAGUGAAGAACCUUGUGGCCACAUGAAUAAUCUGACGGUGUGGUGCAUAUUUUCACAGGUAGAUAUUGUACGUGAACAGUGCAACAUUGAAAUCCAUCGAAUAGCAGAGGAGCUGUCCCAUAUGCAAAUGACGUGUGCGCUCAAAGAUUGUCACAUUGAGAGGUCCAAUCAUGAGAAAAAAGCCCUGCUGAAGGAACUGGAGAUGGUAACUAAGUGCCGGGCAGAUGAAGACAUUGAAAAGACCAGCGCCCUCCACCAGAGGUGUCUAAGUGCGGAGAGGAUAAGGGAUGAAAUGAGCAUCACGUUGCAAAGCACUCAGUGUAAACUCAAAAAGGUAGAAAUGGACAGCAGUGUGGAAGCACAGCGCAGCCAGGAGGAAGUGCAGCGUCUGCAGGGCUGCUUGGCCGCAGCCUGGAAGGACCGCGACAAUAUCAGUGAGGAUCGACUCCAGUUGCAACAGCAGAACUUGCAGCUCCACAGAGAGAUGGAUGAGCUGCACAGAACUUCCUUGCUGGCCCAAAAUACGACCAGACAUCAGAUGUUGCAGAUGGAGCAAGAGACCAAGCUAAAGGUGCAGGCAUUUCACGCACAGAUGUUGGUGCUGGAGGAGACGAGCCGCAGCUUAAAUGCUGAUCGGAUACACCUCCUCACGGCACAGCAGAAAAGUCUUCAGCAGUCCAAGGAUGAGGCCACAAACAUGGCAAAGGCCUUCGAAGCCAGGAUUCAACAUCUCACGACAGAGACGCAUCAACACAAACUGCGAUUACGCGAGCUGGAGCUGCAGCUCACAAACAAUCAAGACACGAUGGCUGAGUAUGAGAGGCAGAUAGCAGAGUAUCAAGACAAGUCCGUUUCUCUGCAGAGACGACUGACCCAGGCUGAGCAAAGGGCAGCAGCGGCGACACAACAGCUGUCUUCUUGGACUUCCCAGCGAACGGCUUUGAGACUGCAAAAUGAAGAUUUUGACAGUACGUGAACCCACACAUUCAUAUACUGUAGAAGGGAACACGCUUAUGUCGACGCCACCCGGAGCGGCACGUUAUAAGAAGAAUGGGCGAUGGUAAAUGGUCUUUCACUUCUCCUCCAAGGCACUCAAAGCGCAAUCCAAUGUGAUAAUAAAGGGAUGGUUUUCAUCCAUUUGUGCAUAUUUUAUGAAGAGUCUAGCAUUUCCAUGUGAUUUAUUAUCUAACCACAUUUUUCUUCCAGUCCGUGAUGGGUGGUGCUUUUGGUUCCUGGGACUUCAGUGGGUGGGCCAGGUUUGUCUUUUUGCCAGACGUCGUGAGAGCCAGUAUCAAAGAACAAAACAAUCAUGAUAGUAAAUAUGUGCCAUAGCAGGGGUUCAAGCCAGGGUUGCCCGUGUAGAGUUAUUGAUGCUCCGUACAGGCGUUCAGAGUGAUGGGAACUUCAACACAUUAAGCUGCGAUAAUAACAUUCCCUGAUAAGUCCCCUUAUCUUGGGAUACAUGAAGCCUGAGUUCCAUUCCCGCUCAGUCAGUGACUCAUUUGGUGCAGUUGAGACUUCUCCACUACCACCUCACUGGACGAGUUUUAAAUCAAUAUUUAUCUAACAGCAUAGCAAAAAUAUUAAACCUUUUAA